AUGAGGCUCCCAUUCCAAACAGGGCUCGGCCGUGUUGAAUCCGUCCACGGCUACACUGGUGUGCUCGUUCCGUUGGAAGAAGCACACCUCCAUAGCAAGUCUGCAAGGUCCGGCCGUACUGAAUACGAAUCACGACGAGACAGCCAUGACGACGACGUCGAAGCCGGCGCCGCCGAGGGCAAAGCCGAGGAGGACAGCGAGACCCAAGGAAUGCUGCACAUGGAGGCGGCCGAAUACACCAUCGACGGCCUGCGAAAGGAGACGAGGAGGGGCCGGCAAGGCCAGUGGACGACAUACGAGAUCAAGUCGAAGCUCAUCAACAAGGCCAUUGGGGAUAUCGGCAUGGGAAAAUACAAUUGGCAGUUGUUUACACUCUGCGGUUUCGGGUGGUUCGCCGACAACCUUUGGCUGCAAGGCGUGUCCCUCACCCUGCCGUCACUAUCUGCCGAGUUUGGCGUCUCAGAAAAGACAGUCAGAUACACGACAAGCGCUCUUUUCGUCGGCCUGUCUCUGGGGAGCUUCAUCUGGGGCAUCGGAUCCGACCUUGUCGGCCGUCGCGCCGCUUUCAACUUUACAUUGCUCAUAACCAGCGUGUUUGGCAUCUCGUCAGCCUAUGCACAGAGCUGGGGGGCCGUCAGCUUCCUCUUCGCCGCCUUGGGCUUCGGCGUGGGCGGCAGCUUGCCCGUGGAUGGUGCAUUGUUCCUCGAGUUCCUCCCAGACGCGUCUAGUUCCCUUCUCACCUUGCUCUCGGUCUGGUGGCCGGUCGGUCAGCUAGUUUCAAGCCUAGCAGCUUGGUACUUUAUCGCCAACUAUGCCGCGGACCGAGGUUGGCGGUACUUUAUAGUCUCCAUUGGCGUCGUCACAUUCGCCAUGUUCGUCAUCCGGUUCUUCAUCUUCCGCCUCUUCGAGUCUCCAAAGUUUCUCCUCAGCAAAGGCCGCCAGGGCGAGGCCGUGGCAGUCGUUCACGGCAUCGCCUACACAAACGGGACAAAGACUUGGCUCACGUCGGAAAUCCUGGACCUGGUCGCUGCAGACGACGACUCCGGACAGGAAGCCUCGGGGCCACACCGUCCCGGCUCAUCCAGGCCCAGCGCUCUGUUCAACAAGCUAAAGGGGUUCUCGGGAGCGAGGCUCAAGCCCCUCUUCGAAAACAAGACGUUGGGCUGGGCCACAGCCCUCAUUUGGUUCUCUUGGGCCAGCAUUGGGAUGGGUUAUCCUCUUUUCAACGCCUUCCUUCCGCAAUACUUUUCUCACAGCCACGGCGGCGGAGCCGCUGACCAAGUGCCAUCCGAAACAUCGGCAAUCUCAAAUGAGACGUACCGAAACUACGCCAUCACUUCCGUCAUGGGCGUGCCAGGCAGCGUGCUGGCCGCAUAUCUUGUUGACUCACCUUCGCUUUUCUUCGGCCGUCGCGGCACCCUGGCUGGUUCCACCCUCGUGUCCGCGAUAUUCCUCUUCCUCUUUGUCAUGUUUGGCACGACGCCCACCGCCCAGCUGGCCUUCUCCUGCGUGGCCGCGUUCUCGCAGAACAUCAUGUAUGGUGUAUUAUAUGCGUUCACUCCCGAAAUCUUUCCCGCCCCCGUCAGAGGUGCCGGAACGGGAGUGGCAAGCUUCCUAAACAGAGUUACUGGGUUAGUAGCGCCGAUUUUGGCUGCGAGUAUUCCUGGAGAUGGGGCAACGAUCCCCAUUUACCUGUCUGCUAUUUUGAUUUUGUCGGCGUUUGUGGGCAUUUGUCUGAUUCCAAUUGAAACAAGAGGCGCACAGCGUCUCUGA